ACGGUGUCUGCAAGGUCGUCUCGAACCACCCAUGCCGCUCUCACCCAGCUUCUCAAAGGUCCUGCUUCUGAGGCGUUCAGCUUCGCCACCUGGGCCCUACCCUUCCCCCCGCCAAUUCUUGUGCGGGCAGCAAAUGACACCUCUUGCACUAGGGGCCGGGCCCACAUUCCCGUGCCCUUGCCGCAGUUCACCCCCCGGCUAGCCCUAAACACGCCUACACCCCCACUUCCUCUCUCUGAGGGCUGUCCUUCCGGCUGGGCUCCCUUCUAAUUGGCUGGCGGUGAGCUUCCUCGGGGCCUCCGCCACUCCGAGGGUGCCACCGCGGCCACUCUAGCCGCCGUCCCGUGGUUUGGCCUCGCUCUUUCGGCUGCAAGCCCUGUGGUGUUGGCGACGACAUGUGGCGGCUCCCGGGACUCCUGGGCCGAGCUCUUCCCCAUCUGCUGGGACCUGGCGUCCAUGGGGUGACCCCCAAGUCCACCAGCCCAGGUGGGUCUCAGGCUACCUCCUCCAACCUGCUGGUCCCUGUGCCCAGUUUUGACAGGUCUGGCCCCCACGGCCCAGGCCCAGGCCCAGGCCCACGCCCAAGCAGGGGCCCAAAGUCCCAUGGAUGGAAGGAUGCCUUCCAGUGGAUGUCUGCCCGUGACUCCCGGAACACAUUGUGGGAUGCCAUAUCAUGGGGCACUCUGGCCGUGCUGGCCCUGCAGCUGGCAAGGCAGAUCCACUUCCAGGCGUCCCUGCCGGCAGGACCUCAGCGAGCGGAGCACUGCUCUUGGCGCGGUCCCCUGAACUGUUUCCUGUCAUCUUCCUUGAGGCACGCACGUUCCUCACUGCGGAGACACAUUCUGCCCAUCCCUGCUAGCCCGGCUCCCAGGCACACUGGCCUCAGCGAACUCAGGCUGGGCCAGGAAGAACCCUCCACUCAACCCCAGAGCCUCUCUUCACCCACCUCCUUGAGAGCAGCUAGUCUUCAGUGUCCCUCUGAGGAAGAUCCCAGUGACAUCGGCUUCUUGCACGCCAGCGGUAGCUUCAAGUCGAAGGCAAAGCCAGCACAACCUCAGCCCACUGGCGAAAAGCAGGAACAAGAUAAAUCAAAAAGUCUUUCCCUCGAGGAGGCCGUGACUUCCAUUCAGCAGCUCUUCCAGCUCAGUGUUUCCAUCGCUUUCAACUUCCUGGGGACAGAGAACAUGAGGGAUGGGGACUACAUGGCAGCCUUUUCUUACUUCCAGAAAGCAGCAGACCGCGGCUACAGCAAAGCACAGUACAACGUGGGUUUGUGUCACGAGCAUGGCAGAGGCACCCCCAGGGACCUCAGCAAGGCAGCCUCUUAUUACCAGCUGGCUGCCAGCCAGGGCCACAGCCUGGCUCAGUACCGCUAUGCCAGGUGCCUACUGCAAGACCCAGCCUCCUCGUGGGACCCUGAGCGGCAGAGGGCAGUGUCCAUGCUGAAGCAGGCUGCAGACUCAGGCUUGAGAGAGGCCCAAGCUUUCCUCGGGGUGCUUUUCACCAAGGAGCCGUACCUGGACGAGCAGAGAGCCGUGAGAUAUCUUUGGCUUGCAGCCAGCAAUGGGGACCCACAGAGCAGGUACCACUUGGGAAUUUGCUAUGAGAAGGGCCUUGGUGUGCAGAGGAAUCUGGGAGAGGCUGUGAGAUGUUACCAGCAGUCAGCAGCUCUGGGGAACGCGCCCGCCCAGGAGAGGCUGCAGACCCUCUUUUCCGUGGAGGCAGCAGCCCCGGGGCCCAGUGACCUGGCAGUGAGAAGACUGAAGUCCUUUUCCAGCCCCUCCCUCUGCAGCCUGAACACCCUGCUGGCGGGAGCCUCGUGCCUGCCACACGCCUCGAGCACAGGGAAUCUUGGCCUCCUCUGUCACAGAGCCAGCCCCGGAGCCCCCAGCAGGGCUGUCCCCCUUCACCCCUACCCCUUGGAAAGGCGUCUCGUCAGACUGGGUUUUGGCUAAGACCUUCACAUUUCACUCAGCCCUAAAGAUGGAGCCUGCGAGUUCUCAGAGAGAUACCACAACUUGAAUCCCAAAGAAGAGGCCAGUUAUUCACCUGCCUUCCCAAAGAAUAUUAAGUACCUGCCCAGCACAGUAAAGAAGAGGAAAGUGUGUAAAGACCCAGAUUCUGGCCACGUCCGCUUGAAGCAGUGGCCUAACUUGCUGUGUUGUUUCCUCAAUUAUAGACCAAGGGCAGUAGUGUCUGCCCUCCUGCCCUCCUACCCUCCAAGGCUAAUGUGGGGCAUUUCACUGCAGAAAGGGCCUUGGUGCUCAGUUAGGUCUGAGGAGGCAGAGUGAUGCCCAUGGUUAUGUGGCUUUAUGAGUCACUAGGCCAGGACAAGGACCCCAGCCUCCUGACUCCUGGCCCAGGGCUCUUUUGCACAGUUUUCACUGUAAUUUUAUAUAAAAGCGUUAUUAUCGUCCUGCCGAUAUGAGGGAGUAGAUGGCGAUUGAGCCCUGGGAGUCUUGGAGCAGGAGAGUGCAGAUUUCAAGAUCCUCGUUUGUGAAACGUUUGUGCCAGAAAUGGAUGGGAGUUUAAUAAAACAGAUACUGGAUUAUCUCAUCA